UGGGCGUUUCGAAAUAAAAUAUAGAAACUGUUCGUCUUAUAACAGUAUUGUAUAUAACUGAAAUUGGUACGAAAGUAUACAUACGUAUAGAGAAUAUAAAUUGAUUAGGACAGUUCAACAAGUGAUUUACUGAUUUAUUUUAUUUAUAAUUUUUUAUAUUUUUCUGUUGUUUAAUUAUCUAAUCUCUAAAAAAACGAAAGGUUGUGUUAAAACAUUGAACUAUAUUAAAAAUCACAAUAAAUAUAAGAUUAAACAUUAUUUAUAUAAGGUUAGAAUAUUGUUUUCAACAAUGUGUAAUGCAGAGGAAUUAAUGACUGAUAUUUAUUAUACUUUAUUACAAAUAAGAUAUCCAAAAAUUACAACAGUUGUAGCAAACAACGUAGAAAUAACAAUUCUGAGUGGAGAAAAUCGACUUUCAUUAUUGUCUUGGCUUUUAACCGAAAAGUCUCCACAGAUAGCUUCCAAAUUUCAAAAAUUAAAAGGCGCCGCUUUAGAAGAAGAACUAUUAAGAUCUUAUUCUGAAAUUGGGAUUUGUACUGACAAGAAAUUAUUAUUGGGAAAUUGUCCAUUGAAAGAACAACUUCCAACUUUGAGAUUAUUAUUAGAUUUUAUGAAGUGUUUAUUCCUUAAAUCUUCUGAUACUAAAUGUAAUGAAAAAGAAUCCAUUGAUGAUAUAUUAAAUGUCUAUAUCAAUGAAGAUCCAAACACAUUCAUGUGUAAUAUUGAACCAAAAUUAAGUUAUUUUGAAUCUAUGCAAUAUUUCGAAAAUUUGCAAAGUAAUCUAAAUAAACAUCAAGAAUCAUCACCUAUUUGUAAAUCUGAAAAUGAAGAGCAUGUAAUGGAACAGGUUUCAGAAGAAACUAAUGAUCACAAUUUAGAGUCGUUAUUUAAUGAAGAAAAAAAAGAAAAGAAUGAAAAGGAAGCUAAUGAUCACAAUCUAGAUUCGUUAUUUAAUGAAGAAAAAAAAAAUUUUAUGGAAGCAUAUUCAUCUGUCGACUCAUGGUUAAAAUUUAAUAUGGAAAGUGUAAAGAAUAACUCGUAUUCCAUGGAUGCUGAUAUUGACAAUAUAUAUACAAAUUUUUCUUCUUUAAUACAGUUUUUACAAGCAAAAGAAGAAAUAUUGAAUGCCAAUAUACCAAAAGAGAUAAAGAAAUUAAAUACUCCAUUAAAUGAAAUUAUUGGAAAUACUGUUACACACACUGAAGAAGCUACGAAUAUAUGCAUAGAUACUUAAUUCUGUACUAGGAACUUUUCAAAACAUUGAUUUCUCAGUUUGUAUUUUCAUAAAAAUAAAAAUGUUCAUGGAUAUCAAUAAAGUAGUAAUUCAUUAAAAUUUUUUU